CUAUCACCAUGAUUAUUGAUUAGUUGACAAUGUCUCUCUGCAACUUCAAACUCACCCACCAACAUCCAUGGCUGCUUCAACGUUCUUCACACCGAAUUUGUAUACAAAUCCCACUGUAUCUAUAUCUAUAUCACCAUAUCUCUCUAAAACCAGAAUACCCAAAACCAGACUUAGACCCAGAACAACCAAAACUAGGGUUUUCACUCACCCAUCUCUAACACCAAUUGCAACUCUCUCCGACCCAUUUGUCCUCCAAAUUGCAGAAACCCUAGAAGACUCUCUCUCCUCAUCCCCAAGCUUUUCUUCACCUCCACCACCACCUCUUCAGAAGCUCAGAGACACCUCCUCUCAGUCCCUCCUCUCAACCCCAUGGCCUUCUCGCAAAGACGAGCCCUUUCGGUUCACGGACACUUCCUUCAUAAAACACUCUCAAAUUCAACCAAUUACUUCCUCACCUCAGGAUUUGAAUUCUUUGGGUGUUUCCACAGAUACCCAUUUCCCCAAUCUUGCCAUUGUUGAUGGUUACAUUGUAAAUUCUCUCUCCCAAUUAUCUGAAUUGCCCAAUGGUGUGUUUGUUGGUAAUUUAUCGAGUCUCGAUUCCGAGGUUAUUAUGAAAAGGGUGUUUGAAUUUGUGUCCAAUUUUGAAGGGGACUUGUUUUGGUCACUUAAUGGUGUUGGUGCCCCGGAUUUGGUUGUGGUGUAUGUGCCGGUGGGGUGUCGGGUUGAGAGUCCAUUGCAUUUGAGGUAUAUUUCGAUGGAAGGGGGUGAUAGUGAGUCGAAAACGUUGCCAAUUUCGAAUCCUAGGGUGUUGGUGUUGGUGGAGAGUGGAGGAGAGAUUGGUAUAAUUGAGGAGUAUAUUGGGGGAGAUGGGAAUAAGUGCUAUUGGACAAAUUCAGUUAUGGAGGUAGUGAUUGGAGAAGGAGCAAAGGUUAGCCAUUCUUAUAUUCAAAGUCAGUCUUUGAGUGCUGCUCAUAUUAAGUGGACUUCUGUUUGCCAGGAAUCAGCUAGCACCUAUGAACUCAUAGAGGUAAGCACUGGUGGAAAGUUGAGCAGGCACAAUGUUCAUGUUCAGCAACUUGGUCCAGACACGGUUACAGAGUUAUCAACGUUUCACUUAUCUGUCAGCGAUCAAACACAAGAUCUACAUAGCAGGCUGGUCAUGGACCACCCACGUGGUUUUUCUCGGCAACUUCACAAGUGCAUCGUGGCUCAUUCCCUAGGACAGGCUGUGUUUGAUGGGAACGUUAGAGUCAACAGAUACGCACAGCAAACGGAUGCCGGACAACUAAGUAGGAGCCUCCUCCUUGAGCCUCGUGCGACUGUAAAUGUCAAACCCAAUCUCCAAAUCAUUGCCGAUGAUGUCAAGUGCUCCCAUGGAGCUGCAAUUAGUGAUCUGGAAGAGAAUCAACUUUUCUACUUCCAAGCAAGGGGUAUCGACUUGGCGACGGCUAGAAGAGCUCUCAUCUUCUCGUUUGGAGCAGAAGUGGUAGAACGUUUCCCCAACACUUCCAUCCGAAACAAAGUAGAAAAUCAUAUAAAAGAUUUGCUGGAUCCCAAAAUUAAAGGAUCUCUUUGAAGGUUGAUAAAUGGCAAUACAAAAUCUGGUUUUGUUUGUCAUGUAAAUUAUCAUAUUACUGCAAAAAAAUGAUGCAUAUCCUUUUAUCAUUCAAAGAAGUAUUAUCUGAUAGAAAUUAUGUUGCACCUAAAUGCUCCUAUGGAGUUUAUAAACUUUCGUCCAUAUAAAAUUUUCUCAUUGCCAUCC